AGACUUUCACAUCGCUGCCGCCGCUGAGCUCGGGAGCUGCUCGCGCUCCUCUCCCCGUGAAACAAAGUAGUGUCCGCGAGACCGGAGCGAAACGAGAAAAACACAGACAGAAUGGGGCGCCUGAAUCCGCAACAGGGAUAAACAAACCAAAAAAAGACUAAGAAAGAGGUUGGGAAAUCAUCCCAAAACUAACCGGAAAACUUUGGAAAACUAUCAGCCGUGCCAGCACACUGUGAACAUGGAUACAUUUUUGUUCCUGGGACUCACGUUUCUCCUUUCGCCGAGCGUGAGAGUCUGGGGUCAGAUACCGACAGCUCACAUGGGCCGCGCUGAGAAGGGAAGCUGCACGUUCGACGAGGGCUUCUCCCAGUGUGACUACCAGCAGGACCCCUACGAUGACUUUGAUUGGACGCACAUCAACACCCAGGAAGUGCCCUACGUGUCCCCGGAGCUGCCAAAAGGCUCCUACAUGGCGGUGGACGUCUCCCAGUACGACGUCGGGGAGAAGGCCCGCUUCCAGCUCCCCGUCAUGAAGGAGAACGACACCCACUGCAUCGACUUCAACUACCUCCUGACGAGCCCCGACGGCUCCAGCCCCGGCACCCUCAACGUGCUGGUCAAGGUUAACAAGAGCCCCCAGAUGGCUAACCCCAUCUGGAACAUGACUUCAUACACCGGUAAAGACUGGCUGAGAGCUGAGCUCGCUGUCUCCACUUUCUGGCCCAAUGAAUACCAGGUCAUAUUCGAGGCAGAGGUCUCUGACAGCAAGGCCGGUUUCAUCGCCAUCGACGACAUCCAGGUGCUCAGCUACCCAUGCGAUAAAUCACCUCAUUUCCUGCGUCUGGGCGACGUUGAGGUGAACGCCGGACAGAACGCCACCUUUCAGUGCAUCUCUACCGGGAGGGAGACGUCCAGUAAUAAGCUCUGGCUACAGAGGAGGAAUGGUGAGGACAUCCCCGUGGCCAAGACCAAAAACAUCAAUCACAGACGAUUCGCUGCCUCCUUCCGCCUCAAAGAGGUGACCAAUCAGGACCAAGAUCUCUACCGCUGCGUCACCCAGUCGGAGCGCGGCUCCGGGGUCUCCAACUUCGCCGGUCUGAUAGUGAGAGAGCCGCCACGACCCAUUGCCCCGCCCCAGCUGCUGGGCGUUGGUCCCACCUACCUCCUGAUCCAGCUCAACGCCAACUCCAUAUUUGGGGAUGGGCCCAUCAUACUCAAGGAGGUGGAGUACCGCAUGACGUCGGGCACCUGGACGGAAACCCACGCGGUCAACUCUCCCAACUACAAGCUGUGGCACCUGGACCCAGACACCGAGUACGAGAUCAGAGUGCUGCUCACCAGGCCCGGAGAGGGGGGCACGGGCAUGCCCGGACCCCCACUCAUCACCCGCACCAAAUGUGCAGAACCCAUGCGGACUCCCAAGCGGCUGAAGAUUGCCGAGACCCGGUCGCGUCUGAUCGCGGUGGACUGGGAGUCGCUGGGCUACAACAUCACUCGCUGCCACACCUUCAACGUCACCAUCUGCUACCACUACAUGACGGCCAGCAACCGCAGCAAACAUGGCUGCUUGGACAUGGACCCUAAAGCUCCGCGCCACCUGGUGGGCAACCUGCCACCCUACACCAACGUGAGCCUGAAGAUGAUCCUGACCAACCCCGAGGGGCGCAAGGAGAGUGAUGAGACCGUCAUCCAGACGGAUGAGGAUGUCCCGGGUCCUGUUCCCGGCCAGUCGGUGAAAGCCACUCCGUAUGAAGACAGCAUCCACCUGUACUGGAAGGAACCGGCCGAGCCCAAUGGGAUCAUCAUCCAAUACGAGAUCAGCUACAGCGGCCUGCGCUCCUUCGACCCCUCUGUGCCGCUCCAGCGUACGGGGCUGGUGGUGUCCCUCCCGUCCAACACCACCCAGCACCUGUUCUCCCCGCUGCACCCCGGGGUGACCUACCAGUUCUCCAUACGGGCGUCCACCUCCAAAGGGUUUGGGCAGGCCACCACGCUCAACGUUUCCACAAAUAUUUCAGCCCCGACGUUGGAGGAGUACGACGGCUCGGAGGCCUUCCUGAACGAGACGGCCACCACCAUCACCGUGCUGCUCAAACCCGCCCAGGCCAAGGGAGCCCCCAUAAGUGUGUAUCAGAUCGUGGUGGCGGAGGUGAACCCGCAGCGAUCGCGUCGCCAGGCCUCCUCUGACUGCUACCAGGUUCCUCUGUCCUACACCAGCGCCUUAAGUAGCAACUCUCCAUACUACUUUGCGGCCCAGCUGCCCCCCAGCAGCCUGCCAGAGCCUCUACCUUUCACCGUCGGGGACAACCGGACCUACCAGGGCUUCUGGAACACUCCGCUGGCCCCGAGGAAGAACUACAACAUCCUACUGCAAGCGGUCAGCAGCACGGACCGGGAGACCAAGACCCAGUGCCUGAGACUAGCAACCAAAGGUGCGACCGAGGAGCCAGAGGUGGUCCCGGACCCGGCCAAGCAGACGGACCGGGUGGUGAAGAUUGCGGGCAUCAGUGCCGGCGUCCUGGUCUUCAUUCUCCUGGUGCUAGUGGCCAUCCUGCUGGUGAAGAAGAGGAGGACCUACUAUUCAUACUCUUAUUACCUAAAACUGGCGAAGAAGCGCAAAGACGCCAUUGGAACGACGCGGCAGGAGAUGACCCACAUGGUGAACGCGAUGGACCGUAGCUAUGCCGACCAGAGCACCCUUCACGGCGAGGACCCCAUGGCCGUGACCUUCAUGGAUUCACACAGCUUCACCGCCAACAGAUUGCCCAAUGACCCCCUGGUGCCCACUGCUGUGCUAGUCCCUAUCACCGACGAGAACCACAGCGCCUCGGCGGUGCCGGAGAACAACCGCCUGCUGGACGUGCCGCGCUACCACUGCGAGGGGGCCGAGUCCCCCUACCAGACGGGCCAGCUGCACCCGGCCAUCAGGGUGGCCGACCUCCUGCAGCACAUCAACCUGAUGAAGACCUCCGACAGCUACGGCUUCAAGGAGGAGUACGAAGUGUUGCAGAGUUUCUUCGAAGGCCAGUCGGCCUCAUGGGACGUGGCCAAGAAGGAUCAGAACCGCACCAAGAAUCGCUACGGCAACAUCAUAGCCUAUGACCACUCAAGGGUUAUUCUUCAGCCUAUUGAAGACGACCCCUCCUCCGAUUACAUCAACGCCAACUACAUCGAUGUAAGUGGAAACGCAUCGAACGCUACUAUUGGCUCCCAACGAAACCAGCGAAACCACACCCCCUCGCUCAUUUGGCUGUACAGGGAUGGCUACCAGAGACCAAGUCACUACAUCGCCACGCAGGGUCCAGUUCAUGAGACCGUAUAUGACUUCUGGAGGAUGGCGUGGCAGGAACAGUCUGCCUGUAUCGUCAUGGUUACCAAUCUGGUGGAGGUUGGAAGGGUCAAGUGCUACAAGUACUGGCCCGACGAUGCCGAGGUGUACGGAGAUUUCAAGGUGACGUUUGUGGAGGUCGAACCCCUGGCCGAGUACGUCGUCCGGACUUUUACUUUGGAGAGGCGUGGAUUCAACGAGGUGCGAGAGGUCAAGCAGUUCCACUUCACCGGCUGGCCCGAUCACGGCGUGCCGUAUCACGCCACGGGACUACUUUCCUUCAUCCGCAGGGUCAAAGUCUCCAACCCGCCCUCGGCUGGGCCCGUCGUGGUCCACUGCAGCGCCGGAGCGGGACGCACGGGAUGCUUCAUCGUGAUCGACAUCAUGCUGGACAUGGCGGAGAGGGAAGGCGUGGUGGACAUCUACAACUGCGUCAAGGCCCUGCGCUCCAGGAGGAUCAACAUGGUACAGACUGAGGAGCAGUACAUAUUCAUCCAUGACGCCAUCCUGGAGGCGUGUCUGUGUGGGGAGACGGCCAUACCGGUGUGCGAGUUCAAGGCCGCCUUCUAUGAGCUGAUCCGCAUCGACUCCCAAACCAACUCCUCCCACCUGAAGGACGAGUUUCAGACCCUGAACUCGGUGACCCCCCAGCCCCAGCCGGAGGACUGCAGCAUCGCGCUGCUGCCCAGGAACCAAGAGAAGAACCGCUUCAUGGACGGCCUGCCCCCAGACCGCUGCCUGCCCUUCCUCAUCACCAUCGACGGAGAGAGCAGCAACUACAUCAACGCCGCCCUCAUGGAUCUGUCAGAAGAGUUCCAGAGCUACAGACAGCCCGCCGCCUUCAUCGUCACCCAGCACCCACUGCCCAACACGGUCAAGGACUUCUGGCGCCUGGUGUACGACUACGGCUGCACCAGCCUGGUGAUGCUCAACGAGAUCGACCUGGCUCAGGGCUGCCCUCAGUACUGGCCCGAGGAGGGCAUGCUGCGCUACGGCCCCGUCCAGGUGGAGUGCAUGUCCUGCUCCAUGGACUGUGACGUCAUCAGCAGGCUCUUCCGCGUCUGCAACCUCACCAGGCCCCAGGAGGGGUACCUGAUGGUGCGUCAGUUCCAGUACCUGGGCUGGGCGGGCCACAGAGACGUCCCCGCCUCCAAGCGCUCCUUCCUCAAACUCCUCCUCCAGGUGGACCAAUGGCAGCGCGAGGGCGAGGAGGGGGAGGGCCGGACCAUUGUGCACUGCCUUAGCGGCGGGGGGCGCAGCGGCGUGCUGUGUGCCAGCAGCAUCGUGUGUGAGAUGGCCAAGCGGCAGAGCGUGGUGGACGUCUUCCACGCCGUCAAGAGCCUGAGGAACAGCAAGCCCAACAUGGUGGACACCCCGGAGCAGUACCGCUUCUGCUACGACCUGGCGCUGGAGUUCAUCGAGAGCUCCUCCUAGGCCCAAGGAGACGUCCUCUCACCUCACACGCUUCACUCUCGUGUUUUUUUGGCUUGAUGAUGAUGAUAACCCCUCCCCCUUUUGCAGUGACGCUUUUUUUUUUCUUCAAUAUCCUCAUUGCGUCUCCCUCCCGUUGAUAUAGCGCUGUGAUUCCAUUGGACGGGACGGGAAGCGCAGAAGGGCGUGAGAACAAAUGGCCUUGGUCACUAGGCGGGGUUCACGUUAACGUUUUUUGUUCGUUUUUCCCCCCCCGAGCCCCGUUGGGACCGGAGCUCGACGUGGAUCGUGAUGUUUAGCCACAACCAUGAACCAUGAACUCCCAACGCCCAGCGUCAGUUCAGCUCACAUCGAUCAACGUGUGCGUUCCCCCCACACCGUACACCACACACAGAUUGCUAAAGCUAAGAGCGCGCCGUUGUUCCCGCGGCCAUGUGUACGUUUACAGCCACCCACACCUCAAGCACCACAGAAGAGGAAAGCCGUGGGGGGGGGGGGGGGGGGGGGGGGGGGGGGUGGCUGAGUCGUCCGCACCGUACACCAGCAGUAUAUUUUGGACACCUUAGCAUACACUGCAGGUUUUUUUGUUUGCUGGCCCAGCGGAUUAUAUUUAGUGUAUUUGGUCAUUUCAGAAGUCGCUCCGCGGCGUCCAAGGUCAAAAUGGAAGGAGGGACGAGGAACGUGGAAUGAUGUAAGGGAACUGAAAGUAGCUUGUAUAUCUUUAUAGAUUUGUGUAUAAGAGGAUAUUGGAUCUUAGAGCGGAGACGGACGAGGGACAGGGGGAGGACGAGUUAGUGUAUGGGGAGUUACAAACAAGAAAGUAGCUUGUUCUUUUGUUUUCCUUUUGUACUACUUUGUUCUUAUUUUUUGUAAUUGUCCCCCAUCACAUCAUUGUUUUUGUAUCAUGCAAUGGAAAAGGUCUAAACUUAUGUUAUUCACUAAAUGUACACAGUGAAGUGAAAUGUGUUGGCAGCAAUCAGUGCUAGGGUUCUUGCAGUUUUCUGAGACUAAUGUUAUUUUCUGUUACGUCACAUGCUCUUGUGGUAUUACUUACCUGUCUACUCAAUAAGAAAAGCCUUACUCACAAUAUUGUACCGUAAACCACAAGUUUUCUGUGAUAACUUUUGUAUCAAGCGCAAUCAUCUAACAUUAGCUUAAUCAUUUGUUUCAAGGGGCUGAGCCCAAUAUUAUUUCGUUCCCACCAAUUUAAAUUCGAUUUUUUUUUCUUUUUUUUGUGGUUUCAUGGCUCAGAAUUUUGUGUUGGCCUGCUUGAUGUAUACGGUGAAACACGUGUAAAUUGAAUUUGCACCUUUGUGCUUAUGUUAUGAAUAGAUUCGGCAUGGGGCGUUGAACCUCCGAACACCUCAAUUGUCUUGUGCACUGAUGGCCGGCAUUUUUUUUUUUUUUUUUCAUGAUUUAAAAGCUGAUGUUUAUUCAUAAGCCAAAGACUUUGUGUAAAUAUGUCUAUAUGGAUAAAGCGCAUCAUUUGUAUUUAUUGUUUCCUUGUUUUUUGCAUAUGAGAACAAUCAUUCUUCAUUCCACGUUUACUGCCGGCGUCUCAUACAAACCACAGGGUCACAUGAUGACGGGGGGUGGGUGGGGCUGGGGUCUGACACAAGGUGUAGUCCCGUGGGGUCAGUCCCUCGGGGGGACGGACUGAGUGAGCUCGGUGUGGAAGCCCCACCUGAUAUAAGAACCAGCAUGUUUAAAGUGGGCAUGUACUCUUGUUUUGGGUCCAUGCAGGAGAACAUUUAAGGACCUCCGAUCAAAGCUGUAUAUUAAAAGCAUUAAUUGUAGUAUUUUUUGAAUAUUUAGAUGGAAGUCAACAGUAUCUUUCUGUUUUAUUUUUCGUUCAACGUUUUUUUGUUGGUUCGUUGUUCUUUUUUCACUUCUGAAUCUCUGUGAUGUUACCGUUGUGUUUAGAAAAAGAAAAAGACAAAAAAAGGCCAUUGCUCGACUUGUGGACGGGAACAUGUUGUUUAGCCGCAGAAGAGGCGAACCCAGAACGGUGGCUCAUAUCCCUGUAUUAUAGACCCUGGGGGAGAUACUGUUGUUCUGCAUCCACACAUUACCCUGUAGCGAGGAUGACUAAACACUCACUCGCUAGGCCUGGAUGGUAGACAAGAGGGAGAGUUGGAAAUAUAUAUAUUGUGCCUAUCUGUUUGAUUCUUUUUUUUUUCUCUUAAUACGAGCGUUUGAGAGCAUUGUAACCGCUUCAUUGUCUCAAACUGGGUUUUUGCUUUGAAUGCGUGCUCGUGGACGAUCAAUGUUACCGUCGGUCAGAACAGAAGUUAUAUUGUAAUGUAGGCCUAAAAGAAACAGAGGAGAAGUCAUACUACUCUACUGCUUCUUCAUCAGAACAACACAGAGCUCUAUCGGUAACAAACUUCAGAAGCGGAGCCGAGUUGCGCUGUAGAGACUGUACUUCUACACCGCUUUACCUUGUCCUCCAAUGAAAAGACCGCCAUAAACCAGGGUGGCAUAAUAAAGCAUUUACUGCCACCUAGUGGACAUUUGACUGACUUCAGACUGAUCUCCGAUUGCUCAAUCUAGCAGCUGUUAUCUGCUAUCCUGCCAUGCUAAUACUUGGAGCGAAAAUAAGCAGAACAAUCCGUUAAUGUAAAGGAGCCACGGUUUGAAAAUUAUACAAUGCGAGUAGUAAAAAAUAACUCUUCGCUUUCGUGCUUAAUGCAGCCGAAUGAGCGGUCAUUGAGGUCAAGGGGCUACACUUUGAUAAUGUAGGGUGCUGGCAGAAGUUGUUGAAUUCUUGUUAUAGAUUUAAAGAUGAAACAACUUUGGAGUUCCUAACCCCACACACAUAAAUCUAUUAUCUCUGAAGAUGAUGCCCCCUUGAAACCACACAGUCCAAAAGCAACUGGUGUCUACAUGGAAGUCUGGUCUGAAUAUACUGUUGAUCUUCAUGGUUUAUUCAUUCUUCUUGUCUGUAAUGUUUGGCUUAUUUGCUGUAAUAAAAGAAAAUUCCUUAACAA